AUGGAGGACAACUUUGACGAAGUUUUAACCACUUUUUCGCAAAUAUCCGCAAGUGCUUUUUACGAAGAAAGCAAGAUUGUUACUUUUGAAGAUAAGUCAAAAGAAUCAGAUUUAGGUCAAAAAUCUGAGAUUACUUCUAUAAAUAAGUUCAAAGAUUCAGAAAAAGAUGGUCAAAAAGUUGAGGUUACCUUUAAAGAUGAGUUCAAAGGUUCAAAGAAAGAUGAUCAGGCUACUUUUGAGGAUGGGUCAGAAGGUUUAGAGAAAAAUGAUCAUAAUAAUCAAAGUCCAUUUAUAUCUAUAGAUUGGCAUGAGUGGUUAAUAGAAAGAAUUCUAGAAUUUCUGAUUGAGAUUCGAAGAAAUUAA